GCACCGACCAGCUUGUGCUUUCCAGGUUUUUCUUUCGCCGUCUGCUCCGGCUGACCUUUUGUGCUACUCUUCCUCGCCAUCCUCCUGUCGUUGCCAGAACCCCUUUCACCAUGGUUUCUCCUCUUAUGUGUCCGUGACCGUCGACCAAGUCCCCCGAUAGGAAUACCCGCGACUUUCCUUGAACCACUCUCGUGUCCGGCACUUCCUGGACCAGCACGGCCGCUGUGAUCUCCUCGGGUUUCCGGCCCAGAGUCCUUCGCUUUCUACAGUCUCGUUUCAAAUUGGUUGCGUCUCGCAGACGGGGUUUCGUCCUCUCGCCGUCUUAUCCGGUGACUGCCGCUGAUAUCCUGGAUCGAUAUCCUCGCUUCCGCCGUCACAUCGCUAAGCGCCAGAGCUUCGACUGGGUCAGCGCUGACCCCGCCAAAUGAGUUGAACGUCAAAAGGCAGGAGGCACAACCAGACAACACACGUUGUAUCAUAAGUCUGUUCAAUUGCAGACAAUGGCAUUAUCGUGCAUGGCGCGGCCGCUGGUUGCGCUUGUCCUCUACCUGGCCCUGCUGCCUGUGGCGUUGUCGACAACCACCGAGUACAUUACGUACCAGGACAACAAUGGGCAGAAGAUCUAUCUGGCAGAUAAUCGGAAGCCUGCUCUAUACACCGGAAACUUCGGGUCGUGUCUGGGCGAGAGUUUGAUCGACGUCACUCGCUUUGAUGCCUCAUACUAUCACGACAACAUGACGAUAAUAUUUGACAUUCAAGGAAGCACCAACUUGACGAGAGAUGCUGUGAUGAUUUACAUUGGCGUCUUUGCCUAUGGCGAGACUCGAUUUGAACUGCCCUUCGACCCAUGCAAGGCCAAUAUCUACAGCAUGUGCCCGGUCAGACAUAAUGUCAGCAUCACCGCCAGUGGCCAGAUUCCUUUGGCGCAAAGUGACAUUGCCAUGAUCCCGAACAUUGCAUACUCCAUCCCCGACUUUGAGGGUCAAGCAAUUCUCCGCAUCUUCUCAAAUACCACGCAGUCCGAAAUUGCUUGUUACUCUGCCGUUGUCACCAACGGAGCGACAUUUUCUCAGCCUAAAGCUAUAGGCUCCAUCUUGGGUAUUUUUGCCUUCAUCGCCGUCGUCGCAUCCUUCGUCACGGCCAUAUACGGUUCUGACGUUGUGACAAUGCGUAUGCACUACGCGCAUUCGCUCUCAGUUCUGGUUGUCUUUUCAGUUUACCAGCACAUUUUCUUCACGGGGGCCCUAUCGAUGAACUGGCCAAGCGUGCUUCCCGCGUUCUGGAGUAACUAUGCCUGGGCUGCUGGUAUCAUCAACACCAAGAGCAUGCAAGAAUCGUUCAAUAAACUCACUAGCAACCAUCGUGGUAACACCUCCAUGCUUGGAGCCGCCGGCACCGAUACCUGGGCUUCGGAUGUUGGAGGGGGUUAUGAUAUCCACCAAAUAUACAAACGUGCUCUCUCCUACAGCGCACCUACUUUGUCAAGAACAAUCGAGAACAUGUUGGCCAAACGUGCGUCCUCUGGGAAUGACAACGUGACCGCUACUAAAUACAUGGGCCAUCUGGUUCCUGCGGGUCUAUCACUUCCGGGCAACUACUCCGGUUUCCCCGGGACCCUGUAUCCGGAGGAGAUCCCAGCCUCAAACGCUUUUCUCACUGGCUUCGUCUGGUUCCUGAUCUUGAUUCUCGUCGUUGGGGGUGGCGUGUUGAUCUUCAAGUGCGGUCUUGAAGUUCUCUACCAAUUCAAACUUAUGAAGACCGAGCGUUUCAAUUAUUUUAGAAAGCAUUAUUGGGGUUACUUGGCAGUUGCUAUCGCACGAACCUGCUUCAUCGCGUUCUUCUCCAUGAUGUUCUACACUAUCUUUCAAUUCAGCUACGGUGGUGCGACGGCUGUUUUGGCAAUCGCUGCAGUCGUCUUUGUCAUCUUCUUUGCUGGUAUAUUCGGCAUUGUGGGAUAUGCUUGCUAUUACAAGCUUAGAUUCGAUACGUGGGAUUCGAUACGUGCUCGUUACGAACGCAUUACCGUGCUUGGCUUCAUUCCGUGGUACCGCACUGGAGACUUCUCUACACGAAAUGCGCCGGCCAGUGCAGACACAGCGCCUACAGAAGAGAAGAAGCUAGGUGUCGAUGGAAACCUUGCUGCUUCCGACGACAAAAUUUCGACUUCGCCGAAUUCCACGUGGACGACGCAUCAUUCCGAAUUCCACAAAUCUGUUCAUGACGACGAAGACUUCACGAAGAAGUUCGGAUGGCUAGCCUCGCGUCACCGCAAGUCUAAGUGGUGGUUUUUUGCAGCCUGGACAGUGUAUGAAUUUGUGCGAGCCUGUUUCUUUGCAGGCGCGUCUGGCUACGCCAUGGUCCAGGUGUUUGGUCUCUUGGUCGUCGAAUUUAUCGCGUUCAUGGUCAUCAUCAGAAUUCGACCUUUCGAGGGCCAGCGUCUUAACGUUCUCAUGGUUUAUCUGCUUGGCUUCAGUAAAGUGUCGACUGUUGCCCUCUCCGCCGCAUUUGAUGUAACCUUCAACAUCGGGAGGAUCACAACCACUGCGAUUGGCAUUGUCAUCAUUGUGAUUCAGGGCAUCGUCACAAUCGUCCUAAUGAUCUGUAUCGUGCUUAGCGCUAUCACCAGCUACUUCUCGGUCAUGCGUUACCGUGAAGAAAUACGGCCGAAGAAAUGGAAUCCGUACCGCGAACGAUAUUUCAAACAUCUCGAUCGUGCUGUACGUGACCGCCCCCGGACGCCACCGCCGGCUCUACCCACCCCGCCCCCAGAGGAGCCCAAAGGGCCGUACUUCUCCGUCAACUCCGUCAGGCGCGCACCGAAGAUUGAGGACGAAGACCCAGAAUUUUUGGCUGAAAUUGCCAGAGAUCCUCGCCUAUCCGUAGAGCCUGUGGAUACGACAGUGUCCGUCGAAAACACAGAAGCAUUUUACCGUAACCACCCAGCAGCUUCUGGCUCACGCAUGUCUAGGGCUAUGAGCACGUCAUCGCGACGUUCGACAACAGGCCUUCCGUACGCAGCAAGAGUGCACCGUGGGUCGUGGAGCACACGGGACUUCAGCGAAUUCACCGACGGUUUCAAUGGAGUCGACGGAACGACUACACCGAGGAGAGAGAACGAUCCCUUUCGUCCAGCCUCACGACAGUAUCCCUUGCUAAAUACGCGCAUCAGUUACGACAAUCUAAGCAAGCCUGUCACGGCAGGUGCUCAGCUGCGUAAUGCACAAUAUGCUGAAGAUAUGGGCAGAUCUUCGACUGGAUCACCGAAUCAUCACAGCUCGCCCGCAUCCCCAUCUAUUAGUCGAACUGGGAGCCUAAGAGAGAGCACUCCCAUCGAGACAACAACACAGCAUAUUAGUCCAUCUCGAGAAUCAGCGAAACCAUCGCUGACUCCUAUCAACACAGCGAUCACACGCUCUAUAGAGAACAUGAGUCCUUCAUCUAGUCCUCGUACUCCACCUCGCACCCGAAGUCGACUUCAGAAACACCGGCAAGGGGAAAGUAUUGAUGAAGUUAAUGAAGGUUAAAAAGCUAGGACGGAUCAGAUGGUGAUUGGACUCUUCAUUUUUUUCACAGUUACGAAAGAUAAGUCAUGCAUCUAAGAAAGGCAACAUCGAGUAUAGCACUUGUCGGUGCAAGGGUUGUUUUUCCUGAUUUUAAUAGAAAGGAAUAAGCGUUGAACGUUAUAUGACCCUCUUUUUGGAGCGAACGGACGAAAGGUAUGACGUUUACGAGCACGACAUCGGCAAAGGCGUUUAUACAUGAUUGAGCGGUCAAUGGAUUUUCUGAUUGCCGUGGUUCUUUUCAACCUUACCAUAAUCAUCGUCUCAGUCUGUUGUGGAGACACAUCUACAUUUGCAUCUGCUUCACUGCAGGAAUAGACAAUAUAACAAUUUCUCACCCUGA